GUCGAGCCUCCCACGAACGACACGUUAUCAACCGAGAAAACUAGAAAAUCCGUUGACCGUGUACUUGAGGAGUUGGCAACUCUUGUCUUAUCAAAGUGUAGUUGUGGUGUCACUACAUUUACACAAAAACAUAUAAGACCCUCAAGUAGUAAGACACCGCUUCUCGCACAACUUCUUCCCUACCCCUGCCUGCCUGCGCAGCACGUCCUCCGGCGAGUCGUUGAUGUGCCACCUUCCCUGGACCAAAGUCUCGAAAGAGAAAGGGGAGGACAUCUUCCUAGGUUGCCAGCUGGGUCCUUCAGAUCCCAUUUCAUCCCUCCUCGCCCAUCUUGCGGCAAGCCCAGACAUCCUGGUCUCCCCCACGUCCUCUCACCUCUUCGCUUACAGUGGAGGCGCGGGUAGGCUGAUCUCCCUCACAAAGCGCAAGUUCCUGCUGGUGUGUAACUCAGUCUGGACGGCUCAGGGUCUGCCUCGCAUCUCCAGUCACUGUUUCCGCAUCGGCGGGACCACCGAGCUGCUUCUACGCAACGUCCCCCCUCACAUUGUCAAGGUGAUGGGGCGGUGGUCGUCAGACUCUUUCCUUCGCUACUGGCGCAACUUGGAGCACAUCGCUCCCUUGCAUGCAGAGCUCUUGGGCCCCAAACUGUCCCCCCUCCUCGCUCGCGCCUCUCGAUCUCACGGCGCGUAGUCUAUGUUUUCGCCCUCCUCGUGUGUGGGUGGCGUCUGUUUCCUUCCUUCUGUCUCUCCUUCUUUCGGCCCUCGACGCGUUCUUCGUCUUGCUGUGUGUGGGUGGUCUUCGUGGCCUCCUCAGGGUUCACUCUCUCGGACCGAUGGAUUCAGACUGGUUCUAGUACUGUACGAUCGUAGCAUGCGCCGUCUGCACGCUAGUAGUCUGUCUCGUAGUUCUGUCCGAUCCCCCCCAAAACACGCAGGCGGGACUUGCACCCCCAUAUCCAUCUUACCUAAGAAGACACGUCAGCACGAGAAUAUUUAUCUCACGCUAAUUGUUUUAUGUAAAAUAAUAGGCUAUUAUUAGUGACAUGUC